AUGCCUCCGAGAUUACCAACAUCCCUUGCAGCGGCAUUGAGCCGUUGCAGUAACCUCUUUGUGGCACCGAUCACGCAGCGAUUUGCCGUCGCGUCGCUCCACAGCAGUGCCCGUUUGGAUGCUCCCCGGACGCCGCCAUCGAGCGGUGCUUCCUUCCUGGACCUCGACAACAACGACGAGUACGGCCGCCCCCGCCCGACCGCCGACGGCGAACAGGGCCCCGGCCGAGGACCGGCCACAUUUGCGCCCCGCUACGGCCCCAGGAGCGACGCCAACGCGGCCCUGAGCCGCGUGCUUUUCGACAGCGAGACCCGCCGCCGCAUGCACGAGCGCCGCGAGGAGCAGAAGCGCACGGCGCUAGAGAAGAUGGCCGAGCGCAAGACCACAGAAGACUACGCGCGCCACUUGACGCGGCGCUGGCGUGUGGGCGACCUGUAUACGGCGCACGACCUCGGCGUCGAAGAGAUGCACCAGUGGGGCGAGUCGUACCUGAGCCAGCGCGACGUGAUUGAGAUCCUGGGCAUCAACCCGAUCGACGAGUACCGCAACUUUAGCAUGAUUUCCGACUUCGUGACGUCCACGGGCCGCAUUCGCGGCAGCAGGGAAACGGCGCUGCGGCCGGUGAACCAGCGGCGCAUGGCCAAGGCGGUGCGGCGGGCGAUUGGCAUGGGCAUCCACCCGAGUGUGCACAAGCACCCGGAGAUCCUGGCGCCGGCCAUUGCAGCAAUGCCGAGGCCGACGUACGUGCAGGUCACCGGCAGCAAUCGGAAGCGGUAG